CGCCAGCCGGUAGAGGCCGGCCAUGGCGAGGUGGAUCUAGGUAGUAUGGAUGUGCGGAAGAUAGUGGUACCUGCAGAAGUGCAAUCAGCGAGAGCACUGGCCUUAUGCGGCUGCAAGACCAAAGUGCCGCCAUGAGCAAGGCGAUGAUGUGAAGGUCAGUGCACAGGAAGAAGUUGGUAUGAGAAGAAUGGGGGAAAAGGAAGGGGAUCUUGUCAAUUUGACUUUCCCACUCGCUCUCUGUCUUGUUCUUGGUGACACUCGUUGCACCUCCCACAUGUAUCUUGGAGUCUUUGAUGAUUGCGCCAACAGCGAACAGGCGUUCGUGCACUUGCUUCAAUGUGAUCACUCUCAAACGAAGUAGGCAAGGUAGCGCAGGUCAUUCGAGAUGGAAAGCCGGUGGGGUUAGGGCGAUGAGGAGACGAAUUCUGCUUUGGCACAAGAUAUUGUGAGAGGGCACAAAGAUGGAUUCUGGCUCAAGGGUGCACUUGAGCGGAGCCAAGAGUCAGGCCAGGCAGGAAUGCCUUGUCUCGAAGACGACGAGUGUAACAAUGGCAUAGAUGCUCGGAGCGUUUCGUUGUCGUCUGACGUGCGCGACGGGCGAGAAGGGUGUGCGAAGGGAAGGAUCAGGUU